GUUAUCUCUGGAUCUAGGGUUUCUCUCGCAAUAUCGUCCGCUUCUGAUUUUAGAACGAAAAAAAAAACCCCAAAUAUCUAAUAUCACCCAAUAAACUUUUUUCCUAUCAACAACAGAUUCAUCGGAGAAGAAGAAGAAUUAGAGUUAUUUUCUCUUUGGAUUCAUCGGUAUUACAGAUCUACAUUCAAAGGGAACAAAAUCUAAAAAAACAAACACUAAAUUUCCAUCCUUUUCUUUAUCCAUCCAUCAAAUCGACUCUUUUUUUUUCUUGAUUUUUGCUAAGAUAAACUCGGAUCCAAUUCAAAAACUUGUGUGGACUGGUCAUCAAUCAAUCAAUCAAGCCAAGGGACAACGAAAAAAAGUAAAGAUUUUGUUGAACGAAUUUGAGAUGAGACAAAAGACAUCCAUUGAUCUGUAAACUUUCUGAUUAAGAAGGAAGAAGGAGAAGUCAAGUUAUGUACAAUAGUAAUAGAGUAGAAGUGUACCAUGAAGAUGGGAGAGUUGGAGAAUUGGAGAUUUACCCUCCAACUGAAUCACAGCAGCAGCAAGAAGACGAUGUUACCAAGCAGAGGAAGAAGAAAGUAAUGGAGCAAGUGAAGAUGGGAAUCAGAAUUAGCCAUUUUUCUCAACCCAGCGAGAGAUGUCCUCCUCUUGCAGUACUCACUACAGUUUCAUCUUGUGGCCUUUGUUUCAAAUUGGAAGCUUCGGCUUCUCCUGCUCAGGAGCCACUCAGUCUCUUCUACUCGUCCUGCCUCAGGGACAACAAGACAGCAGUGAUGCUCCUGGGUGACGAAGAGCUCCAUUUGGUUGCCAUGUAUUCGGAAAAUAUCAAGAAUGACCGUCCUUGUUUCUGGGGAUUUAGUGUUGCUCCUGGAAUAUACGAUUCCUGUCUGGUCAUGCUGAACCUUAGAUGUCUGGGUAUUGUCUUUGAUCUUGAUGAGACCCUCGUAGUGGCAAAUACCAUGCGCUCAUUUGAGGAUAGGAUUGAGGUGUUGCAGCGGAGAAUAAACAACGAGGUGGACCCUCAACGCAUUGCCGUUAUGGGGGCUGAGAUGAAGCGUUAUCAAGAUGACAAAAAUCUAUUGAAGCAAUAUGUUGAAAGUGACCAGGUUAUUGAAAACGGGGAGGUGAUUAAGGUUCAAUCUGAAAUUGUACCUGCCUUGUCUGACAACCAUCAGCCUCUUGUUCGCCCCCUGAUAAGGUUGCAAGAAAAGAAUAUUAUCCUGACUCGCAUUAAUCCGAUGAUUCGUGAUACAAGUGUUCUUGUGAGGUUGAGGCCUUCAUGGGAGGAACUUCGAAGCUAUUUGACCGCAAAAGGGCGCAAGCGUUUUGAAGUAUAUGUUUGCACGAUGGCUGAAAGAGAUUACGCCUUAGAGAUGUGGAGGCUCCUUGAUCCAGAAGGGAAUUUGAUCAACGUAAACGACUUGCUGACUCGCAUUGUUUGUGUGAAACCUGGUUUAAAAAAAUCACUGUUCAAUGUGUUUCUCGAUGCAACCUGCCAUCCAAAGAUGGCACUGGUAAUUGAUGAUCGACUGAAAGUUUGGGAUGAGAAGGAUCAGCCGAGGGUGCAUGUGGUUCCUGCAUUUGCUCCCUAUUAUUCUCCUCAGGCUGAAGCUGCUGCAACACCGGUGCUAUGUGUUGCCAGAAAUGUUGCUUGUGGUGUCAGAGGUGGAUUUUUCAGGGAUUUCGAUGAUAGUCUGCUACAAAGGAUUGCUGAAAUAUCUUAUGAGAAUGAUGUUGAGGAUAUUCCCUCUCCGCCUGAUGUCAGCCAUUACUUGGUCUCCGAGGAUGAAACAUCGGGUUUAAAUGGGAACAAAGAUCCACUUACUUUUGAUGGGAUGGCUGAUGCUGAAGUGGAGAGAAGACUAAAGGAGGCAAUUUCUGCAUCUUCAGUUGUCCUUCCGGCAGCAAAUAUAGACCCAAGGAUAAGUGCUCCCGUUCAGUACCCCAUGGCUUCUGCUUCUUCUGUUUCAGUUCCAAUACCAGUACCAGUACCAGUCGUGCAACAAGCACCACAGCCGUCAGCUAUGGCCUUUCCAAGUAUUCAGUUUCAACAACCGACACCAAUAGCUAAACACAUGCUUCCUUCAGAACCAAGCUUGCAGAGUUCUCCUGCUAGAGAGGAAGGUGAGGUACCUGAAUCAGAGUUAGAUCCAGAUACUAGGAGGAGGCUCCUCAUAUUGCAGCACGGACAAGAUACUAGAGAUCCUGCUCCAAGUGAACCUCCGUUUCCUCAGAGACCUCCAGUUCAAGCUCCACCACCACAUGUGCAGCCAAGAAAUGGUUGGUUUCCUGUUGAGGAGGAGAUGGAUCAAGCUCCACUUCGUCGAACAGUCUCCAAAGAAUAUCCGUUGGAUUCUGAAAUGAUACAUAUGGAAAAGAACAGGCCUCGACAUCCAUCCUUUUUUUCUAAGAUUGAUAACUCAACUCAAUCUGACAGGAUGCUUCAUGAAAAUCGCAGGCCGCCAAAGGAGUCGCUCCGGAGAGAUGAACAGUUACGGUCAAACAACAAUCUUCCAGGCUCUCAUUCGUUUUUUGGGGAGGAGGCAUCUUGGAAUCAAUCUUCUUCUAGGAACAGUGAUGUUGACUUCAUAUCUGGACGAAAUGUCCAAGCAGCAGAGAAUCCAGCUGAAGUUCUACAUGAUAUUGCUGUCAAAUGUGGAACUAAGGUGGAGUACAAGCCGGGUUUGGUUGCUAGUACAGAUUUGCGGUUCUCUGUUGAGACUUGGCUUUCUGGUGAAAAAAUUGGAGAAGGGAUUGGCAAAUCGAGACGAGAAGCCCUGCAUAAGGCUGCUGAAGUUUCUAUCCAGAACUUAGCUGGUCCAAGCCAUAGAGAUGCUAGCCCCUUCAGCAAUGGAAAUAUGGUUAUGGGAAAUGCAAAUACGCUUGAUAAUCAGCCAUUUGCCAGAGAUGAAACAGCGAUGCCAAUUCCAUCUAGACCUACAGAUCCGAGACUAGAAGGCUCUCUGAGGCACACCGGCUCCAUUACUGCGCUCAGGGAAUUGUGUGCAUCGGAGGGUUUUGAGAUGGCUUUUCAAUCUCAGCGUCCACUUCCAUCUGACAUGGUCCACAGAGAUGAAUUACAUGCUCAGGUUGAAAUAGAUGGCCGUGUUCUAGGGGAAGGAGUUGGAUCGACAUGGGACGAAGCUAGAAUGCAGGCUGCUGAGAGAGCACUGUGUAGUGUGAGAUCAAUGCUUCCAUUGCAUAGAAGACAAGAAUCUCCACGAUCGUUCGCUGGGAUGCCAAACAAGCGUCUAAAGCCAGACUUUCAACGGUCGAUGCAAAGGAUGCCAUCUUCAGGAAGAUACUCUUAACGAAAAUGAUUUGAAGGACAAAACUCAAUGCACAUCAAUUCCAUUGUCUCUUGCUAAAAACAGCUACCAAGACAAAUUCUUUGACAAGUUCCCUUCUUCGACAAACGAUGAACCAGAGAGAGAUAGAGGAAGAGAUUCUGCUCUCGUCUCUUUAACUGUAACAUGUGUGGCAAAUCAAGAUUUUCGUAUAAUCUGUGAAACUCUGAGUCGAAGCAACAGCUCCAGGGACACCGAGUACCAGACAGACCAUGAAGGCCUAAGCAUGCACGUUUGGCUUCUUCUCAGGCUGUAAGUUAGUCGGUAGAAAUCAGUAAAGUUGGUUUAAAUAGUUUCCGCAAAGCUUUUUUCUGCAGUUUUAUCAUUAACAAUCCCUGGUUUCACUCAGACAAUAAGAUCUUGAUUUUAUAAUGUAAUUUUUCCUGUUCUAUAUUAACUGUUUAGGCUUGCCU